UGAGAGCCAAUCUUGUGGACCUGGAGGACUGCUGAGACAGACAGACAGCUCGGUAAAGUUAAAGCGGCAGCAAGUUCCUGUGUAAGAACUAAGGAAAACCCAACAAGCCGAACCAAUAACAGAGGUAAAUACUCGUUUGACCUUGUAAAAGCCGUCCACUCCACCACUAUGGAAGCAGCAGACUCUUCUUUCGCUCCUUUGAAAAAUUAUUAAUUCAAAACUCUGCAGCUCAUGAUAUCCCCAAAAUAAUUAACCCAAACUCCCAUGCCAGUAACCACUUCAAACAAUCCUCACAUCUCUAGCUUCCCUUUUCAUCUAACAUCUCCAUAAAUCAAGCCGUUAACGCCUCUUUUUGCUUUUUUUCUGGUUUUUAUUUGAUUCCUUCUCUACCUCUCUUUCUUGACCUGAUCUUUGUCAAAACCGCCUCUUUUUGAAGAUUUGUGUUCUGUGUUUUUGAUAUUAAGUCUUUUAUCUGAGAAGAUUUCUGGGUUUUGUGUUGGUCCGCCGUGAGGUUAAUCCAUGGCGGACUUGGUGAAGCAAAUCUUGACAAAGCCUAUCCAAUUAGCUGACCAAAUAAUCAAAGCUGCUGAUGAAGCCAGUGCUUUCAAACAAGACUGCGCUGAACUCAAAUCCAAGACUGAAAAGCUCGCCGCUUUACUCCGGCAAGCCGCUCGAGCCAGCUCCGACCUGUACGAGCGGCCUACGCGCCGGAUCAUUGACGACACAGAGCAAGUCCUUGACAAGGCUCUGGCCCUGGUGCAAAAAUGCCGAGCUAACGGCCUCAUGAAACGCGUUUUCAUUAUAAUCCCGACAGCCGCGUUUCGUAAAAUGUCGUCUCAGUUGGAAAAUUCGAUCGGUGAUGUGUCGUGGCUUUUGCGUGUAUCGGCGUCGGCUGAUGAUCGUGAUGACGAGUAUUUGGGAUUGCCUCCGAUUGCUGCUAACGAGCCAAUUCUUUGUCUUAUAUGGGAACAAAUUGCGAUUCUCUAUACUGGGUCACUGGAUGAUAGAUCCGAUGCCGCGGCUUCGCUGGUUUCGCUGGCAAGAGACAACGAUCGGUACGGGAAGCUGAUUAUUGAAGAGGGAGGAAUUCCGCCUCUGCUGAAAUUGGUCAAAGAAGGGAAGAUGGAAGGCCAAGAGAACGCCGCAAGAGCGAUUGGUCUACUGGGUCGUGACCGGGAGAGUGUCGAAUACAUGAUCCACGCAGGUGUUUGUAUUGUAUUUGCGAAAAUACUCAAAGAAGGUCCUAUGAAAGUUCAGGCAGUAGUGGCUUGGGCUGUUUCUGAGCUCGCAGCGAAUUAUCCCACAUGCCAAGAUCUUUUUGCGCAGCACAAUAUCAUUCGGUUGCUAGUUGGUCAUCUUGCAUUUGAGACGGUUCAAGAGCAUAGUAAGUAUGCCAUUACUAGUCACAAAGCCACUUCGAUCCAUGCGGUUCUGAUGGCUAGUAAUAGUUCGCCUACUGCUCAUAAUGUGAUAAAUCCAACAGUUGAUGAUGAUCCGUGUCGAAUUCCUCAUCCUAUGGGUAAUCAGACUCCAAAUCAGUUGCACAAUGUGGUCACCAAUACUAUGGCUUUGAACACAGCCUCCAAGCCGCCACAGCAACGAGCUGGUUGUAGUAGUAAUGGAGCCAGUCAAACCAACAUUUCCAAGAUCAAUAGCAAUGGAAACAACAGUAUGAAGCAAAAUCAUCAGCCUCACCAUCAACAGAGUCCUUCGCUUUCUGGGGUUAACAUUAAGGGCAGGGAGCUUGAAGACCCUGCCACUAAGGCUAACAUGAAAGCAAUGGCAGCUAGAGCACUUUGGCAUCUUGCCAAGGGAAAUUCUCCUAUUUGCCGCAUCAUAACUGAAUCAAGAGCACUCUUGUGCUUUGCAGCUCUAUUGGAGAAGGGAGCUGAAGAUGUUCAAUUCAAUUCCGCCAUGGCAUUGAUGGAGAUCACUGCAGUAGCAGAGAAAGAUGCUGAUUUGAGAAGAUCAGCAUUCAAGCCUAAUUCGCCUGCAUGCAAAGCUGUUAUUGAUCAGUUGCUGAAAAUCAUCGAAAAAGCUGAUUCUAACCUCCUUAUACCAUGCAUCAAGGCUAUAGGGAAUCUAGCAAGGACAUUUCGAGCAACAGAAACCAGAAUGAUUGCCCCAUUGGUUAAUCUUCUAGACGAGAGAGAAGAUGAGGUUUCCAGGGAGGCUUCAAUUGCUCUCACUAAGUUUGCUUGCACAGAAAACUAUCUCCACCUUGAUCAUUCCAAGGCAAUCAUACAAGCUGGAGGGGAAAAACACCUAAUCCAGCUUGUCUAUUUCGGUGACCAAGUAGUUCAACUCUCCGCUUUGUAUCUCCUAAGCUGCAUUGCUAUGCACGUUCCAGACAGCGAGGAGCUUGCAAAGGCUAAGGUGCUUACAGUGCUAGAAUGGGCAUCCAAGCAAUCGUUUGUGAGUCAAGAUGAAAUAAUUGAAGCAUUGCUAGAAGACGCCAAAAGCAAAUUGGAGCUUUAUCAGUCCAGAGGUUCAAGGGGAUUCCAUUGAUUUCUAUCAAUAGUAUAUAGUCUUUUAUAAUUUUCUUGUUUAUUUUUUGUAGCAGUGUCAUACUAAUGGAGUGUACAUACAAUUAGUUUUCUUCUUUUAUAUAAUAUGUUUCGAAGCGUUUGAUCCUUUUCA